CGGUAGAGGCCGAGAGGCCGAGAGGCCGAAAAACAGCAACGGUACCGAUGAUCUGUUGACUAACUUUUGCAGGGCUGUGCCUGAAAAGUUAUGUGUUGCUUUGUACAGCGAUGAUCACAAAGACUGGAGAUCAUUUGGACGUGCAGCACUGGACAUGGAAGCUAAGCUUCAUGUCCAGGCCCCCUCCAGUGACAGGAGGAGAGGCGCCUUCCCUCGCGGUGGUAGAAAGGGAAAGGCAGCCUUUGCAUAUGCGGGGUCUGGGUCAGCCUCUGACACAGGUUCCCAGCCUGCAGAACAAGUCUGAUCUCAUCCUGCUUCGGUCCCUGAUCAACCAUCGCAGGAUCAAAGGGCUAUUAGACUGUGGAGCCACUCGCAACUUCAUGUCUCCCAGUGCAGUCCAAAAGCUGCUUCUGGGCAUCAAAGUGGUGCAGCUGCAGCAACCGCUGCAGGUCCGCAUAGGGGACUCCACUGUUCUGACCAUCAGGGAGAAGGUCAGGGGCAUCCCUGUUACCUUCGACAUUGCGGGAGAAGUCAGACACAGUCUGGACUUCUACAUCUUCCCUGACCUACCCUUUGACCUUGUGUUCUCUAUGCAGUGGCUGAGAGCAGUCAACCCAAGGAUCGACUGGCAGAUCCCCAAGGUUGAACUGCCAAACAGCAAGGGGGUGUAUCAGCCUUGCAUGAUUGCAGCUGAUCAUCAUCCUCAGACUUCCUUCUUCUGCUUGAGAGCGAGAAAGUUUUACGCUCUGUCUCGCCAGUAUGAUCACGAGCGUCUGUUCAUCGCUCUGGUCAAGCAGACAGACGCUCCCUCUUCUCCCUGUCCUCCUGAGAUACAGCAGGUUGUGGACCAGUAUGCUGAUCUGAUGCAGGAGCCCUUUGGGUUACCCAACCGGCCAACCAAGCAUCGUAUUGAGCUACUGCCUGGAGCGGUCCCUCCCAAGGGCCGCAUCUACAGGAUGUCACCUGCUGAGCUUGAGGAGCUCAGGCGACAGCUUGAGACCCUGACCAGCAAGGGCUGGAUCAGGCCCAACACUUUUGAAUUCGGGGCUCCAAUCCUCUUUGUUCCAAAGGGGAGUGGUGAGUUCAGAAUGUGCAUAGACUACAGGGGUCUCAACAAGAUCACUAGGAAGAGCACAGAGCCACUUCCUAGGAUCGAUGACCUUCUGGAUAUGGUCCAGGGUUGCACCAUCUUCAACAAAGUCGACCUCAAGUCUGGCUAUCACCAGAUUGAGAUGGUAGAGGAGGACGCCCACAAGACGGCCUUCAAAACCAGGUAUGGUACUUAUGAGUACCUGGUGAUGCCAUUUGGACUUUGCAAUGCACCUGGUACAUUCCAGACUGAGAUGCACCGCAUAUUCAGGCCGUAUCUGGAUAAGUUUAUGGUUGUCUACCUGGAUGAUAUCCUGGUAUUCAGCAAAACUACCAAGGAACAUGCGGAGCACCUGGCUCUAGUUCUUCAGUCAUUACGUGACAGCCAGUAUAAGAUCAACAGGGACAAGUCCUCUUUUGGAAUUCCCUCUGUUAUCUAUCUGGGUCAUGUGAUCUCUGGAGAUGGGUUGGCCCCUGAAGCAGCCAAAAUUGCUGCUAUUCAGGAUUGGCCACAGCCCCAGACAGUGAGAGAUGUCCGGUCAUUCUUGGGUCAGGCCUCCUACUACUGAAAGUUCGUCAGGAACUUUUCUGCAGUGGCUGCACCCCUGACUAACCUUACAAAGAAAG